CCCAGCAGAAUUCCAGGAGACUGUGCAGGGGAGCAAGGAUUUUGUGUCAGGACAAGAUGUCUCAGCUUUGGGGACUUGUUCUCUUGUGCGGCCUGCUCGCCGGGACCUCAGCGUCUCUUCUUGACAAUGAUGUUGUGAGAGAGCUGCAAUCUGCUCUUAAAAAAGGACUUGAAACUGAUGACAGUGCAUUUGAAUCUGGCCUUGAGAAAGUGAAGGCUGAUUUUGAGUCAGUCCAGGAUUUCACAUGUUUGGAGAUAGUCACUGUGAAGGAUGUACUUACCGAGAAGAUCCAGGAAGCUGAGGUCUUGGACAAGGACAAUACUGAAAAUCUUCAACUAUUUGUCAGGUGUUUACGGUUGACAAUCAGGAGCAUCAGUAUCAGGAAUAUCACAUUCCAAGGGACUCCUGGAGGCACAGGCAUUAACCUGAGUAUCUCCAUCACUGCUGAGGUCACCCUGACCCUGCCUCUGUUGGGUGCGGUUGUUGACCUGACCCUCAACUUUGUCCUACAGACAAGUAUCAGCUUUAAAAUUGAUGAAUCUGGUACCUUAAUGGUGGUCAUGGGAGGAUGCACCUACACACCAGCCAAGAUCUCACUCCCCUUCGUGAACAGUUCCGUCUCCAGCCUCACUGGACUGAUCAGCGAUAUCAAAAAGACGGUGACCACACUUGUGAAUCUGGUGGAGGCCUACAUAGUGCAGUACGUGCUGUGCCCGCGAAUCCACACCAUCAUCAGCUCCUUGAAUGAGAAUUUGGUUAAGAACCUCAACGAUAUAUUUCAGGAAACUGCACAACAAAUUAUAAACUGAAGAGGACAGAUGAGAAAAACCACUGUGAUGCCCGCCUGCUGAUUGGUUCCCGGGGACGUGACUGAAUCUCUGUACCGUCUCCCUCUGGGAUGGUCGGUGCUGCCACCAUCCCCCAGGAGUGACAACUGAGCCCAGUCAAAGGACACCUCUCAGACACUCCUCCUUUCAGUCAGGACACACUAUGCUCGUCACCCUCCACCCCCAGCAAUAAAAAGCCAUUUUUGCA